AUGAGGACGCUUUAUUCCUAUUCUUUGUCUUUCUUGAUUUUACAACUUACCUCCGGUAUUCCUGUGUCACAGUUUUAUCCUUAUGGAGAGACUGUUCAUGACCAUAGUUUCCCCAAGAAUGACGAUGGAAGUUCGCCUAGGGUCAAUAUUAGUACUCUCUUCCCUUUCUUCAACAGUCAGCACGACUCACUAUAUGUUAAUACAAAUGGCGCCAUAUCUUUUCAAAAAACGCUGAGACAAUACACGCCGGAUCCGUUCCCACUACAUGAUAAUCGCAGCAUUGUGUCACCUUUUUGGGCCGACGUAGACAUACGUAAUGGUGGUACUGUGUGGUAUCGCGAGACCACAGCUGCAGACAUUCUACAGCGGGCCACGGACGAAAUUCGUCUCUAUGAUCCCGACCAGCUUCACUUCCAUGCCAGUUGGGUGUUCAUAGCUACAUGGGACGAUGUAGCGUUUUAUGGGGCUUCCUCCAUAGGUGUCGAAAAGAGGAACACUUUCCAGGCUGUUCUAAUAACCAAUGGUCGUCACUCAUUCACUGUUUUCAACUAUGCAAAUAUAACCUGGACCACGGGGACUGCCAGUCGUGGUAACAAUGACACGGGACUCGGAGGGAUUCCAGCCCAGGUUGGUUUUAACGGAGGAGAUGGUGUUAAUUUCUACGCAUUAAACGAAUCCCGAACGCCUGCUAUUAUUAAUGUAGCCCACCUUUCUAAUGUGGAGUUGGAUGGUAAAUUCGUAUUCAGGAUUGACACAGCUAAGAUAGAGGAGGGUGGCUGUAAUACAGGAGGAACGUUCGUUGUGUAUCCCUUCUACGUCACCAUGUAUGGGGGCCAGGAGAUCACGGUAUCGGGUCCCUGUUUUACCGUUAAUGACACGGUGUGGAUUACCUUCCCGAACAGCGACAGACAAAUAUGCGUGAGGAAGUCAGAUUUCAGUGUCAGGUGCCUCACACCGACGUUUUAUGUCACCGGUGUCAUAAACAUUGACAUUCAUAUCAUUACUGCAGACGGACAAGAUUCUUAUUAUAUGGGAUUCUGCACAGUCGUGAACCCAUUGCUGAGCGAACCUGGUUUGGUUCGAGUCUUGGUUGGUGAGUGGAUACGGGGGGAAACGGUGACUGUACAAUGGAGUCCCGAUAGCUUAUCUUUUACGGAAAGUCAAGCGGAUAUAGACGUCUACACAAUUGAACCAAACGAUGCUGGCCAGCCACGAUUUAUCCUUGAGAAAACAUUGGCUCGCUCUGUGUCAAUUAGCCAGUCAUCCGCUUCGUUUUUACUCAAUGUUGAAACAAAUGUGGUAAUUCUCAAAAUGACAGAACAUGGAAGAAAUGUGACGUUACGUCACAGCGCAUGGUCAGACGCUUUUGUUGUCAAACCCAACCUUAAUACAAAGAAGGGACAGCAAGAAGCAAUUGACACAUGUGAGGGCCAAUUGAAAUACGAUCGCAAGUUACCUCCCUUGACAGACCUUGAUAUCCAAACAUGUCCAUGUAGGGCGGAGCAAAUUGAGAUAGACCUUGCAAGAUUUCGUCCGGACCCACUUUGUGAAGAUAAGUCUCUUGAUCUGUUAAAUUUCCGAACCUCCCGGAACUGCCAGCAAGCUGAGGCCCAACAGUGUUAUAGACUCAACAAUCCAGGGCCUAAUGGUUCAGGUCGUCUGUGUUGCUACGACUACCUUGGUAACCUGAUGGAUGCCAAGACUCCCACUGGGGGAGGGACUGCUCAUCGAUUCCACUACUUAGGGGGACCUGGCAACGUACCUUACUUAUCUACUUUGGUGUUCGAUACGUCUCCUUACUUCUAUUGUUGUAAAUACAUGCGGAACACUGCGGGAAUAGAUCCCUGUGCUCGUAUACUCAAACGACGUCCACAGGGAGACUGUAGAAAAUAUCAACCAAUUAGACCAGCACGACUGAGUGGCGAUCCUCACUUUACAACAUUGGAUGGUCUGUCAUACACGUUCAAUGGUGUUGGAGAAUUCACACUACUGAAGAACAUCAACGAUACCUUCUUCGCUCAAGUCAGAAUGGAACAGGUGGCUGGUCCUGAUGGCACGUUACGUAAAGCGAGUGUGAUAACCGCUUUCACAGCGAAACGACUCAACAUUUCGGAUACCGUUGAGGUUCGGUUGAACUCCAUCAGGGUCGCAGAUGUCCUAGUAAAUGGUGAAAUAGUUGAUUUCACUCAUUACCGCUCUCUUCAUUUUAUUGGCGUAUCAACAACGAUGACAGAACGCAAUAGUACUGAAGGUUCAUCAAAGCAGAUCAACAUCAUAUUUACUGAACCCAGUCUGGCGUUUCGUAUCCUCGCCUAUCCCUCCCUACUCAAUGUCGCUGUCGUGUCGGGUUCGGACAGCCUGAGAGGAAAUGUCACAGGGCUUCUGGGAAACUAUAAUGGUGAUGCGGAGGAUGAUCUCACCGCAGAAGAUGGCCAUGUUCUUUCCCCGAACAGCACGGCGAGGGAGAUACAUCAGGGAUUUGGAUUAACAUGGAGAGUUCGUAGAGAGACUUCCCUCUUUACCUAUCCCAUUGGUAAGACCUACACGACAUUCCAGAAUGACGCUUUCGUGCCUGUAUUUCCGGAGCCUUCUCAGAAUUUCACACCGGAAGCACGGACUACAUGUGGUGAUGAUGAAUUCUGUCUUUAUGACUACCACACCACCGGGCGAGCGGAUAUUGCGGGAGCAACAAGGGCUGCUACUCUGACAUUCGAGAACAUCCAGCAACAGGCGGAACCAGUCAUCGCAUGUAAUCACCCUCUGGAUGUCGAGUACGGAUAUUGGAAUAGCACCGGUCUGAUUGUGAAUUCUACUGCUAUUCUUGUCUGUGAGGAAGGACGACGGCCUAACAGUUCUGAUGUCAUAUACUGUUCCGCUGACGGUACAUGGGAAUACAGCACUGACAUGUGCAUAGAAAUCCGGUGCAGGUUACCCACAGCAGUUAGAGACGGCCACGUUGGGAUAGGAAAUACUGUGAAUUGUGCUACAGAAACUAAUGGCAAUACGUAUUGUAACUACGGAACCCCUGUAAAGUUUGGAUGUCAGAAGGGGAAGACACUAAACGGAAACAGCACUGCUAUCUGUUUGGCAAACGGCAAAUGGUCAAAUGCAGGCGUCGUAUGUCGCCCAAGUCCAGCCUCCAGUAAUUUCCUGAUAGAAAUGACAAUCGGUGGGGUCAGCGGCGCACUUCUUGGUUUUAUUCUCUCCUUGAUCUUGAUAAUAUUCAUCAGGAGAUAUCGCAGAAAACGCUCACGUUCAUCACCUCUUACCGAUAAUCCUAACACCAUGAGCAUCCGUAACCUUUAA